CAUCGGUCACGACGAGAAAAAAAAAAAGAAAAAAAAGGAGGAGGUCAAAAGAGUAUAUGCGAAUAACAAUACACUCUAUUGGAGAAAUAAAUUCGCGCGCGUGGAGGUCGACUCGGCGAUUCGGAGAGACGGGAGUAACAUGCCAGUGAAGUGCGUUGUCAAUCGGGAGAAUUGUCACGAGACACCGCUAUCGCUAUCGAUAUCCGCGCAGGCAAUCACAUCGAUACCCACGCUUACCGCCGUGUCGCACCGUUGCUCCUGAGGUAGGAGAAGAAAUAGCAGUCGAUGACGCCGAUGACGCUUAUGCGCCGCCGAUCGUGCGAACGCAAAAUAUAACCUCGUCCUCACAUUACGUGCGUAAGAUGCUUCAACUUUUAUCGGUUCAACCGAAGGCACCGCUGUUUCGAGAAAGCUGAUCGACGCACGCUCGUGUUCCUGUGUGUGUGUACGCUCGCGUGUUUCGCACCGUUCACCGUUGUUUUCGCAAUAUCGGAACCGUUCAUCAUGAAAGUGAUCGUGAAGAAAUUACAGGGAAAAGAAUGCGUCGUUGAUAUAUUGCCAUCGGAGACAGUGUUGGAAUUGAAACACAAAGUGAGUGAUCUCUUAGGCAUUGAUGUACCGCAACAAAGAUUAUUACUCACUGGCAAAACUUUAGCGGACGAGAAUCCACUAAGUUUCUAUCCGAUCAAAGAUGGCAGUAAAUUAAAUCUCUUGGUACUUAAGAAAGCAGAGGAGGGUUCCAGCGAGGCAAAAUCUUCGCCGCAACAAAAGUCGGGCAUUCAUUUGUUGAGAGAUGAAGUUUCCCGAGUACUCAGGCAUUACUACACGGUAUCUGAGACAGAGUCCAUAGUCAAUGAGCUGAUAAAGGACUUGAAAAAUAAAGUGAAUAGCCUUAGUUACGAUGAUCUAGAGAGACUAGCCAUUGCAUUACUCCAGGACCAAGAGAACAUAGCUUAAGAGAUCUGCCAGGUCUAAUUGACGGAAGUAUCUUGCUACCAAACAGAUGAAUAAAUUCAGCGCCCCCAGCUCUUGCGUGUCCAAUUCUCUCUGAAAAAAGAGGACAAGGAUGUCGUUAGUAAAUUCUAAUAUAAACUUUUAUAGAUACAGAAGAAAAGUUCAGUCUCUUAUUUUCUCAACCUUUUGUAAUCUGAUGAAUACAUGUUUUUAUUAUCGCCUGCAUCUUUUUCUAACACUGGAAACAACAUUGCAACAACAUAAAUAGAGUAAACAGGAAGUUAUACAAUAAAAAUGUUUUGUUAAUAGAAA